AUGACGAAGUUCAUUUGGGACGAGAAUUGUCAGAAAGCAUUUGAAGAGUUGAAGUCUUUCCUUACAAAGCCUCCCCUGCUCAGCAUGCCCAUUUUGGGAGAGACUUUGUACCUAUAUAUGUCUGUAUGGAAAGAGACUAUAGCAUCUGUCUUGAUCAGCCUCUUCUCCUUCCCCAAACCGCCGUGCUUUCCUCCAUUCCCUCCAAAACCGCCGUUUCCUCUCCAUUCCCUCCCAAACCACCGUUUUCUCUCCAUCCCCUCCCAAACUGCCGUGCUUCCUCCUCUCUCCACCGAAGGCCACCCAUUUUUUCAAGCGACGCCGGAGCAUCUCCCUGCCAAACCGCCGCCGCUGGUUCCGUUGCAGACCAAAGUCGUUGCCUCCUCCUUUCACCGCCACCGUGCAUUCACUCUCCGCUGUCUGCCGCUCGCUGUUCGCCGUCUGCUGUCCGCUGUCCGCCGCUCGCCGUCCGCUGUUCGCCGUCUGCUGAUUUCCCUGAAAAAUGGGUUUUGUCCUUAUUACGGUUAUUCCUAUUGUCGUCCACCCACACCGUUUUUACCAUCCAUAUUCUCUUCUCAUUUGCGGUUCUGCUCUUCAACAAAAAUGAAUCCAGACCGCAGCUGGAUGUAUACGAGGCAUGACAGAGGCUUCCUGCCGCCAGAUUUUUUCCCUAAUCUUGAAGAGUUCGUGAAUUUUGCUGUGCAACAUCCCGAGUGUAUGAAUGGAGAAGAGAUAAAAUGCCCCUGUUCUAGGACAAAAUGUAGAAAUACGAAUUUUCGAGAUGUCGAAGUUGUGAAACUACAUGUCUUGCAGUCUGGGUUUGUUCCAGAUUACUAUGUCUGGAUUCACCACGGUGAGGUGAAUGUCCCUCCUGUUGUUCAGCAGCCGGUUAAUGAAUACGAUUACUAUAAUGAGGGAGGGGGAGAUUUAAACUCCGGUCAGAGAAUGGUUAUUGAUGCUGCUGGUCCUGAAGUUUUUGAGGAAGAGACCCCGAAUGAAGAAGCUCAGAAGUUUUUUGAUAUGAUGAGUGCGGCAGAAGAAGAAAUAUGGCCCGGAAAUAGCAGACACUCACCCCUGUCCGCAUCUGUUGAAAUUUUGGAUAUUAAGUGUCGACAUCAGGGGUCGAUAUCUUUAAUUGACGACACCUGCCGUUUAUUACAAGAACUGCUUCCAGAGAACAACAAAAUGCCGAAAAAUUUUGCUAAUAUCAAGAAGCUGGUGAAAGGUCUCGGGUUGCCGGUUGAGGUUAUUGAGUGCUGUUUGCACAACUGUAUGAUUUACUGGGGGGCGGACGAGGAUUUAACCCACUGCAAAGUUUGCACAUUUCCUCGGUGGAAACCUGUUACGAAAAGCAAUUCGGCCAGAGCAGCGCUAGCCGAUUGCGCCGCGGCGGAUCAUCCCAGCAGGGGAACGUUAGUACUGAGGACAUAG